GUGUACCACCACUUCGGACGGGAGGUCAGCGAAGGAAAAUGGCUUUCUCGUGGAGUGCCGGAAGUUGUCGACAACGUACACAACACGAACGCGAUCGAAUACAUUCUGCGGACUGAAGUGCUUCCAAAGAUACGGCUACACGAGUUUUUCCAAGUGGAUGUUGAAAAGAACGUCCGGAAGUUUGAAGAAAUGGCCAAAGAGGGAGCUUCGUCGGAGCCUCUCGAUGAGUUUUUACCGAUUGAACAAGACCCUGAAUGGCGACGAUUCGGUUCCUCUGUUGACUGGACGAAAGCGAUGCGAAUUUUCAAUAGACCGAGAGAUGAUGCCACGUCGGAAGAAGAUCGUAUAGCUAAGUGUGUUGCUGCAUUUGAAUAUCAUCUACACUAUUUGAACGGCGAAGCGGGAAAGGUAGCAUGGGAAAUCCUCAUGUCGGGACUCCGCGCAAUGAUGGGACACAUUCUCUAUCCAGCUUAUUUCUUGCUGAAUGAGGCGAUGGAUUCUUGGGAAGAAGAGGAGAAGCUCGCGUUCGACCCAGAGAAGUCACGCUAUCUGAUGGCUUUCAACGGAUGGGUGAUGAGUGACAAUCCGUUGAAGAACUUUGCCCUCAAAGACUCGCAGGUGUACCUGCGUCGUGAAUUGGUCUGUUGGGGAGACUCGAUAAAGUUGAAUUACGGUGAAAAGCCAGAAGACUGCCCUUACCUUUGGCAGUACAUGAAGGACUACACAGAAAAAAUGUGCGCGUAUGUUCACGCCUUCGCAUGCCACGUCAAGUACUCCAUCCAGUUGCUGAGGUAA